AUUGGCAACAUUGCUCUGUAUAUCCAUUAGGACUGUAGUGUGAGAUCGUAAUAAAUCGGUGUCUCCUAGGAAAUAAUAUUGAUGUUUUAAUGUUCCUAAAAAGUAUGGAAGGAUGAAAAACAUUUUAUGUGACGUCUGAACAUUGAAUUGAAACCAAUUUAUUAAAAGUGGAAAAUGAAAAAUGGUGACAUUAAGAGGAAAUGUCUGUAUGAUUAGCAACGGCCAUGGAUGUUAAAGAUUUACGAAGUGAACCUACUCUCGGAGAACGCAACAACGAUGCUAUCAAGUUCAAUGCAAACAGCAGCGCCCCAUCAUACAACAGAAACAAACCAUAUCAAGAUAUUACUUCAAAUCAGUUGGGUAAAGUGGAUGUACCGACACGGCCUUGCGCCGUUAUAGGGCCUGAUAGAGUGAUACCGCCAUUAGUUUCUAAUGACUUAAAAAAAGGACCCUACGAAUCAUGGCCAUAUACGGACAAUUCAUACCAUUACCCACCAGAUUAUCCUCUGAAACCAUCCAGUUACCAAACACCAUUAAGAAAUAUAUCACCAAGACAAACAUUCCAGGAAAACAUGCAACGCAUCAUGGUGCCGCCUAGCUACAACACUGGGAGAAUAAAUGAAGAUCCUAAUUAUUCUCAAGACAGAAAUGUAACUUUGUUAAAAAAUGUGAAAACAAACAUUCCUGCCGAGACCAAAUAUUGUGAUGUGCCUUAUAAUAUUAAUAACAUAAAUAAUGACCAAAACAGUGCUAGAAAUACUGAAUUACGUGCAUCAAAUGUUAACUCAGUGCUUACACAAAAUGCUCCUAAUGGGUGGCCCCCAAAUAUGAGACCAGCAAAACCCUACAGUGGUCAUGAACUUUAUCAGUAUCCUGAAUAUGCUAGCUGUGCUGGUCCCAGGCCGGUGCAGAUAAAUAGACUACAUAGAACAACACAUGAAGAUCCUGGGCUUGUAUAUGCAGACCCUUAUAGCUGUGAUGGCAAUAAUCGCUAUAAACCUUACCCAACAAUCAAGGAAAGGUAUCCUCAACCAAGGUAUGAAUAUAUUGGUAAUUAUUCAAAUCCAUUCCAUCCUGCACCACCAUUCCCAUCUACUAAAUAUGAUUUGCAAAAAUCACUACCUCCUUAUGCUUCAUACCCACAAAUUCCUUUAAAAUAUUUUGAUGGCAGAAUAUCUGAACCUAUUAUGGAUGGAUACCAAAGGCCCAAUCCACAAGGUAAUUAUAAUGUACCAAUUCGUAACCAAGUGAUACAUCCUACUUAUGGGCCUAUGUUAGGGAACUGUAUUCCAAAUAAAAUGUAUCCAUUACCAUCAGAAACCUCUGUUAAAUCAAUUUCUGCAAACAAACUACCUUAUGAUAACAGCAAAAUAUAUGUUGACUAUGUAGACAAUAGUAGACCAAAACCUUUUUCAGCUUCUGAAAAUUUCUAUGUUAAUGAAAUAUCAAAAGCACAUCAUCAAAAAAAUCAAUAUGUACCUAAUUAUCCAACAGUAAAUAUGCAUCCAUUACCACAUCCAUAUUUUAGAAAAGAAAAUACAUCAUUUAAAAAUUAUGAAUAUAUGACACAAUAUAGAAAUAUGGAAUCAUCAUUGCCUUUAUCAAGGUUUCCAUCUCAAAUUUCUCCUAAUUCUAUAGCCAUAUCCCCAUCAGAUUCCAAUACCAGCAAUGAUGCAAUGCAAACACAUAUAAAUACUCAAGAAGAUUGUGGAUAUGUGAGCCAAUCUCCAACAGCAAGCAUAAGAAGCAUGGAUUUAGGAAUGAACCGUAUCUCAAAUGACUUUUAUAAACGAUAUGAUCCUAAAUUUGUACCUAAAUCGAGAACGGCUAUUGUAUCUAAACCUGAGAUAAAUUCUGCUAGGUUAUCCAAAGAAAAAAAAGGUAUUGACGUUAGACAAUUCUUACAAAUGUGGAAUGAAGGAGAUGAAGAAAAUAAUGAAAACUGUAAGGAAAUUGCAACUCAAGCACAUCCAAAUGUCAGUAACAAAAUUCCUGUUCCCAAGGAGCUAGGAAAAAAUCAGGAUCAACUAUAUGUACUUGGAUUAGUAAAUGUUCCAAAUGAAGAUCUAAGUAAAUAUGAUCACAUUCAAAAAGUUUCAAAGUUACCAGAAAAUAUCAAAGGUUAUAAUAAUAUUGAAUUGCUUAAUCAGUUUGAAGAAGCAAUUGAAUCAUCAAAAACAAAUAAUUUUAACUUGAAACAUUCUUCUCAGAGAGAUAUCCGUUGUCAAAUGCCUAUGAAAGGUUCUGUUCCCCUUCAAACUUCAGAAAUUGUGACGCGAUCAGUGUCACCAUUAGAUGUUGAAGCAAAAAUUAGUCAGUCAGUGAUUCAUAAAGAAGUUGGAUGCAACUUUGAAAUAAAACCUUGCAGUCCACAAAUGUUAAAUGUUGAGAUAGCAACACCUGCUCAAACUAUUUUAGGAGAAAGAGUUAUAGAAAAAGUAACGAACCCGCUUAUUUUAACCUCGCAUCAUUUGCACAGCAUUGAUGAAAAUAACAAAAAUGUUGAAACAAUUCACACAAGAGUAGAUUCACUCCCUCGUAUAACAUCAAAUGACGAUUUGAAAAUUCCUAGCUGCAAAAUGGCUAAUACACAGUUUGCUACAAAUGAUAUUGUGCCUGAAAAAAGCAAUUAUACUUUGCAAGAUUUAGAGAGUAAUUCUAGUAUCAGUCUAGCUUCAUUACCAAGACUUGACAAUGAUAUUGAGUUAAAUUUCACUGAAGUAAACCAGCAAUUUAUUAAUGCAAAUAAAGGAGAAACUGUAAUAACUACAGCUAAAGAUUUAACAGCAAUAACAACAAAUAGUUCUGAAAUUAUAUUAAAAAAUAAAGAUAUUUUACAAACUGAAUCUGAACUAAGUUGCCAAUUUUCUCCCAGCAUUGAAUCCGAAAGAGAAUUUGCCAAAUUAAGUAAAUAUAGAAAAAUAAAAAAGGGCUCUGAACCUAAAAGUGAUAAUUUGCAACUAUGUUUACAGACCUUAAGAACAGAUAGUGUGAUUAUUAAAAAUCCUGAUAAUGUUAAGGUUAAUGAAAAUAACAGAGACACUAUUUCUCCUGUUAAUAAAUUAACAGAAAACCUUCAAAUUAACCCAGUAAAUCUAUCUCCUAACUAUAGAAGUCCAUUGGGUAUGUCAAAUAUUAAUAAGGAAAAUGAUAAAACAGAAAAUGGCGUAGAUUUUGCUAUUGAUUUUAGUAUAAGCAAAUCAAAAAGUGUUUGCGCCACGAGUCCAGCAAAUAAAGACUUCAUUAAUGAAAUUCAAACAUCUCCAAUGGAGCAUAUUAAUUUGUGUACACAAUAUGACACACAUUCUGUAGUAAAUAGUCAAUCAAAAGAUAUAAACAUUAAUGAAGAAAAUCCUAUCAAAACCAAUUUGAAAGAAUAUAAUAAUGAAAGUGAUAAAAUUAGUAAGGAAAUUGUUAACGUUCAUACGUCUACAUUGUCAAAUGAGUUUAUAAAUGAACAUACUUCAGUAAAAGAUAAUAAUAUUUCGAAAGAAAGCACUAAUAAAAUACAACCUAUAAAUAUCAGCAUAAGUAAAAAUCCAAAAAGUAAAGACACUUCUUCGGAAGUUAUCUUAAGACCAGAUAUAGAAACAAAAUUGGAAGUUGAUGAAUCAUUAAAUAACUGUAAUAAAAUGGUCUUGAAAACAGAUACCAAUAAUGAAAAUAGAACUAAUGAAAAAUCUGUAUCUAAUAAAUUAAAUAUUUCUAAUAAUCUGGUUCUACACAAAACUGUCGAAACCGACAAACAAAAUAAAAUAACUAAAGAAAAUGAAAAAGAUUUUACAGAAUUUACUGUAGCUGAUGAUAUAUCUGAAACAAAAGUUAGCAUUGAGUGUGUUCAGGAAAACUAUAUCAGUUGCGAUAAUUUAAAUAACGAAACAUCUACAAUUGAAGACCUUUCGAAAGAUAUAAAUACGAAUAAUGAAACUUCAGAAAAUGUUAAUAUUUCCUCGAAAAAAUAUACAGAAGAUAUAUCAAAAAAUAUUGACCAGAACGUUUCUUCUGUUGAAAACAUUACAGAAGAAAUGGAUAUGAAUAACAUAAUUUCUGAAAAUAUUGAUAUUUCCUCGAACAUAAAUACAGAAGUGUUCAAUAAUUAUCAAAAUUUGUCUGAAUUAAAUAUUGUGCCAAUUUCACAAACAAAAAGCUAUCCAGAAAAAUUCGCAAGUACGGUGUCAUCGUCCCGUCAAACUGCUUCUGUAAACUGCAAUAAUUAUAGUCUUGAAAAUCAAAGUAAUUCCCAAAUCGCAAACAUUACUGAUAUAACAUCAGCACAUAUUGAUAGCGAUUCUCAAAAUAUCCAACCUAGACUGUCACAACAAUCACUGUAUACGGAAAAUGAUACAGAAAUCAUAGAUCUAAAUAAUACGAAUAUAAAACAUCAGCAAAACUCAGACAUUAAAGAUACUGUAUUAGAAACAAUUUAUGUCAGUAAAAAAAGCGUUCAGGAUGUUCAUAAAAACUUAGAAAACAAAUUCACUAAUUUAUGUAACAUUACUUUAUCACCCCAUCAAUCUGAAGCUGAAAUUAAGAGUAAUGAUUUGAAUUUUAAAGAUACAAUUUCAAACAUAGAUAAUACAAAUGUAAAUUGUAUUAAAUUACAAAUGAAAACUCCUGAUGGAAGUUCAUCUGAAUCUCCUGUUUCGCCCGUACCUUUUAAAUCUUAUGAAUCUAAAAUUAAUUCAAAGAAUGUGAAUCCUGCUAUGUCUAUUUUUUCAUUAGAAUCACAUGAUAAUAAUGCAUUAAAAGAAUAUGACGGAAAAGCAAUAAUAAAAACGAAAACAAUUCAAAAAGAUCAAGAUGGUGUAUAUAUUGUACAUACAAAAGAAACAGAGAAAUCUGACAAUUCGAAUAAAAACAAUACUGAAAACUUUUCCUUAUGUCAUUCUUUGAUACAAAGUAAUAGUCUCAGUCCACCAGAUGUAGGAUCUGAUAUUAACACUGUUAAAAAUAUAUCUUAUCAUAUUAGCAAAGAAUUGUUUUCUCCUUGGAUUCAGAAAUUAAUAAUGCAUGAGGAAUCUGCAUGUUACAAAUUUUAUUCUAAAGACAGUUUUAUUAUUAAGCCAAAUUUGGACAAUAUUGAAACUACGUCUAAUAUGCGAAAAAGUAUAGAUGAUGGUAAUAAAUAUUUUGAGAUAAUAUCUGGACCUAAAACUCAAAUUAAUCCUACUACCAAAGAAAACUGCGAUACCAAUAAUGAUAAACAGAUUAAUAAUAGACUAAUAUUGGUCUCAAACCAAUAUUGUCAUGAUAACACUAAAGAAGGUGACUCUCAUAAUAGAUUAGAAAAUACUAUUACAUUAUCAAAUACAGUUUCCAAACAAAAUACUGAAAUGAGUGAUAAUUGCAUAGAAAGAUCUAAUGCAAUGUGUGAUAGUAUACCAAAUUCAGUAGACAACGUAACUAAUGUUGUGGAUUAUGUCCAAACGUAUCCUAACUCUAAAGAUAUUGUAGAAAAUAUUAAUUCAUCACAAGAGGAGAAUAUCUACGAAGAGGCUAUAGAUCAUGACGAUAAAAAUUGCUUGAAUGUCAUUGAAUGUUCUUUACAAUUACAAAAUUUACCACAACCUGAAAAAACAUGUCUUAAAAGAGCACUAUCAGAUUCUGCAUUAGAUAGGUUUAAAGAUGAUAGUAACGAUGAUUUACAAUUACGGUGGCAGUCCAAACGAAGAAAACAACAUUUACACGAUUUAAUUGAACAACCGUUAUUAGAAGAUAAUUUUUGUAGUAUUCAAAACAUUAGACGGAAUUCUAUAUCUUCUAUUUAUAAUGAAGAUAACGUUUCUUUUUGUAUUCUGAUUGAUAAUAAUUGUAUUAUUACACAAGAAAGUGAACAAGAAAAAAUAUGCAUCACUGAAAUGUCAGAAAAUAUUAAUGUAGAGGAUACCACUAAUAAUGAAUACGAAAUCACAUAUUCCCCUUCUAAAGUAGAAAUACAUUUAGAAGAUAAUAAUAAAUGUGACGUAUCUGAAUGUUUAUCAUUAGAAAAUAUAGACGAGUCUUUAGAGGAACCAUGGGUAGACGACGUCGCUUGCGUGGAGACUGUAGUCAGUGACGAUCUUGUCGAAGAUAUUACAAAUAGCGCGCCUUCAUCUCCAAGACAAAUUUCAUCAGAAAAUGAAGAUACAGAAAUAUUUAAUAGCAACCAACAUACAGACAAAGUAAAAUACAUAUAUGGCGAUAAAAUGUGUAAUGAUGAUGCUCAAUUUGUUGAAACUUUGUAUCGUACACCUCAAAUGGAUGUCAACAAAACACUCGUUAAUAGAGAAUGUUAUGUGACUGAGGAAUUGAACAAGUGCUAUAAUAAAGAAUCCUUGGAAAAAAUUUUAUCAGACUCAAACCAAGAAAAGUGUCAGACUAAUCCUACUAGUAUCUUUACUACUCUAUCAAUAAAUUUUAAAGACAUAUGUGACGAGGAAAAUGUAGCAUUUGAUUCUAAAAGUGAAUCAGAAAGAACUGUACAACCAUCAAAUAUACAACCAAACGUAUUGAAUAUACAAACACAAGAUGAUACCAUACAUUCCUGUGAGUCCAGUAUAGAUAAUGUAUUUAAUUACAUUAAAAAAGAGGACACCACAGAAUAUAAAACCUCUAGUUCGCCAGAAGUAUCUUCAACAACAUCUGAAGAAAAAGGCUCAAAUAUGGUGUUAAAAAUUACUAACUUUAAAGUAUCAAGACUACCACAAUAUAUUGAUGAGGAAAUUGGAAGAAAUAACAAAGAAAUAAAUUCAAAAUAUACUGAAAACUCUAUUCACUAUGAUAGUGGUAAUUAUAAUUUAACCCCAAGUCGACCUUUGAUUACAAAAGCAGCUCAGAAAUAUAUUCCCCCUUUGAAAGAAACAUUUCAUGAUCUUAAAAUAAAACUUCCAUUACCACAACAUAGUUUACUAAAAUUAAAACAAUUAAAAAUUUUAAAAACCGCACCAAAGAUAAAACACAUUAAUGCAAAUUCAAAAAAAGAAAUUCCAAAGAAACCUAAACCAAAGUUUGAAGAGGUCUUAAAAAGUAUAGAUGAAAUUCAAUUUAAAAUGCUUAAGGAAAAGAGUAAAAAAGUAAAAAAAUCAAUACCCAAGGUAGUGAUAAAAAAAAAUGAGAAUGGAUCUCAUUAUGCUAGUACACCAAAAACGCCAUCAGCGUUUAAUCCUGAUUUAACGGGACGUAAAUGGCAACCAUGGGUAUUUUUAGAAAAAGAUAAUUUUAUUGACAAAAUGGCACUUAGGAAAAAAACCAAAGCUGUUUUUAGUUAUAGAAAAAAUGCGUAUGUUUUUGCUGAAAAAUUCCAAAAAUAUAAAUCUAUGGAAAGCGCGAAGUUUAUUAUAUCGUCGCCAAAAUUGGAGGAAUCUUCAAUAGGACAACUCAAAUGUACUAUUAGAUUAAAGCAUACAUAUUGAAGGUAGUUUGUUUAAAGAAAUCUACAGUUUGGUGCAGUUACAUAUAGAACUGGUUCCUGGAUUUUUAAUAUCAUAAUUAUAUCCCACCCUGGUCGUUGGUCUCUUUAUGCAUUCCUACGAUUCCAAUAUUAAGUAUUUAAUCACAUUAGUUCACUAUCAAAUAGUACCUAGAUUAGAAAACCAAGCCAAAUUCUGUACUAAGUGUGAUAUAAAACAAAGACAAAUUAAGUAGGUAUUGUUUUUUAUUGUGCAAUUGGAUCUGAUUUCUAUUUUGUUAAUAUACUUUCAAAGUUUAUAAUAAUAUUUACUGUCAUUCCAUUUUAAGUAGAUGCUUUUUUCCAAAAAAAUUACCAUAAUAUUUUCACAUUUUUGCGUGUGAAUAUAGCCAUAAUAAGUAUUAUCAUGUGUUUAAAUUUUAAUUUUAUUGAUAUUUUAAAUUUUAGAUGAUUCUGUUGAAAUGUAUAUAUUGAUUUAAAAUUUAUAUUAUUAUAAGUGCCUAAAAUAUAAAAGCAAAAUAGCAGAUGAGUUUCAAAAAUGUUUUUAUGCCGUAUGUAAUAAGAUCUAUAGUUAUUUCUCUCGUUAUAUAUUUUACCAAAUGUUUAUAUUACUGUAUUGCUCUGCUUUCAAUGUAGAUAAAAUACUUAAUUAUAUAUUUCUCCCACACUUGAUCCAUUAUGGAUUUUUCGUGGUUAGCAUAAAUACAGAUGUUAUCUAUAUUAUAUAUAAUUGUUAAAAUGGUCAUUCCACUGGUAAUGAUCAAUGAUUGCUCAUGUAAAUUCUAAGCACAUAAAAUUACUAUUUAAAAAUUUGAUUUAACCGCGAGUAGUGUGUACUCUUACAUUAAAGGAUGAAGUACAAAGACUACACACUAAAUCUGAAUUGUAACUAUGUUAACAUAUUAUUAAUAUAUUUAUAUAAUUGUCCAUAAUAAUUAUAUUAUAAAUUUGUAAAGAAUGCUUGUUGUUGGUCAAUGGUUUGUAUGUCGUAUUAUAAUUGUAUAGUAUAGUUAUAUAGGUAAUAAAAUUAUAGCGUGAAAUAACCAAAGCCAAUACUCAGAAUAUAAAAAUUCUUGGGAAAUAUACAGAUAGAUAGCUGAAAAUCCUUUACAAGAUGUAAUAUUGUUACAUCGAAUUUUCAUGUUGUGCAAUAUUUAUACCUAUAGAUACCUAUAAUAUAUUUAAGUAUUUAUUUUAAUACUGUACCAAAAAAUUUCAACUGAAAUUGUUUAACAAUGACUACUUAUCACUAUCCAGUAUUGCACAUCGACUCAAAUGUGUAUUUAAAAACUAUAGUGCCUUUUAAUCGGGCUUAUUCAAAAUGAUAUUAAACCAUAUAUACUUGUAAAAGGAUCAUAUUUAUAUUUUGGACAUUCUUAAAAUAAAUUGAUCUCAUAUACCAGAAUUUCGCAUUGUAUAUUAUGUUUGCCUGAUCGUGCCUAAACGAGGUUAAUAAAAUAUUAUCACUAUUUUUAUAAUAUGUACAGGGUGUUAAAUAAAUAUACCAAAUAAUGUGCUUUUAAAUCCUACAUGCAUAUUUUGCAUGUGUUGCCUUCGUAGUUAACUAUAAUCAGUUACUGAAUACUAUUUAAUAUAGGUAAUUUAUUACUAUAAGCGUGUUGAACGUUAUUGGACUGUUUAUUUAUUAUAGAUAGGUUAUUAUUUCCAUACGAUAGGUAUGAAUGUUAGUAAUAUAAGUAAAUCUUAAAUGUACAAAGGUGUAAGGGCAAUGAGUUAAGAGUGGUCAGUUACAGAUAAGUAUUCGAGUUAUCAGGUACCAUGUUUGUAAUAACUAUUACAUUUUAGUGACUGAUCUUUCCAUAAUCACUGUACAGAGUAUAUAAUUUUCCUAUACCAUUUCCUUUUAUAAAGUAUGUUUGUUAUGCACAAUUGAGUGAAUUGUUGAGUUUUAAUGGUUCCUGCACUUUGUUGAUUAUGUUUUGAAAAUUGUGAUUAGUUAAUAAUUUAUUGUGGUUUUAAAAAACUAGGGGUUAUGGAAUUUGUUAUGAAUUAUGAAAUAAUUAAAAAUAAUAAUAAUUUGUUUUGUCAUAUAACGUUAAUGCAUAUCUUAUGCCAGUAACGCACGUGAUAGUGUUUCGUGAUAGUUUUAAUAUCUAAUUAAUAAUACACUUAAUGUAAAAAUUGGGUGGUACCUACCUAUCUAUAUUACAAAUAGUGCAUUGCGAUAACUGUAUAUCUAUUGAUAUAAGAUAUGUUUUUGAGUGUACAAGUUUUGAAAAAUGUUCUAAAAUUGACCAAAUAAAUGUGUUCUAAAGAAAAUGCAUUUCUCAGUUAUGAAAUA